CACUCCAAAGACACGGAGCAUGUGAAUCAAAAUGAAAACACUGAGUGCCAUCAGAUAUAAACUAGAAAGAAAGGAAAUCCGAAGGGAUGUUAUAAAGGCAGGUUUAUCAUGAUCCCGAAUCAGUUUGAAAGCAUCUGGACUUGUUUAAACAAAUUAUGUCAACCAGUUCCAUACUAUAGGCUUAACAUCGUGACACACCAGUUGUCUUGUUAGAUCACAAACCGGAUUCUGAAUGCUUCGGAAUGGGAAAAACCUUCGCCACAAAGGAUGCUAAAACUGAGUUAUCAGCGCUUUGUGUAAGCAGUUAAAAACACUGAUCUCGAGCCGUCACAACGGUGAAUUGUUGUGGAUGGGAACCUUCUCUGCACCCUUUACCUUCCACAUGACCCCACUUUCCCUGUUUCCUUCGCUCCCGUAAAGAUACGUUACAACACACUGACAGCAUGACGUCCACUGCCCGGAUUCUGGCCUUUAAGCUCUCCCCACCCUCUCAGGAUGGCAGUCCAGAGCGUCUGUUCAGCUGUGAUGAGGACAUUGAACGGCGCUAUGAGGUGGUCCCAUCUGUCGUCUGCUCCAUGUGUUGCCUUUUUGGCAUCAUCUACUGCUUCUUCGGGUACCGCUGCUUCAAGGCCGUAAUGUUCCUCACGGGUCUAAUGUUUGGUUCCAUCAUCAUCUUCAUGCUCUGCUAUAAGGAGAGGGUCAUGGAUACUCAGCUAAGUGUGGAGGCCAGUGUGGGCAUCGGCCUGGGCAUUGGCACGUUGUGCGGUUUGGUCACUAUGCUGGUCCGCAGCGUGGGACUUUUCAUGGUUGGACUUCUCCUGGGUUUACUGGUCGCCCUUGCCUCUCUGGUGGUUCUGGAGGAGUUUUACCACCCGAGGACAGUGUGGCUUCCCCUGGGUGUGCUGCUGGGUUCGGGGAUGCUGUUUGCUGUGCUCACGUUGCAGUGGCAGCGCUGUUUCACCACCCUCUCCACCGCCGUCUUCGGAUCAGCUGUGGUGACUGUGACUGUGGAUUAUUUUGUCGAGCUCUUUGCUUUGACACGGUAUAUCUAUGAGAGGGUGAAGGUGGAUCCACCUCGCCCCGUGUGUUGGUUCACGUGGGUGGUCAUGGGAGUUUGGCCCGUGCUGGCGCUGCUGGGUGUUCUUAUUCAGUGGAAGGUCACGGCUGAAGGAUAUUCACACACAGAAGUCUUCAUCAGUCACCAGCAGAGACGAGUGCAGUUAAUGCGAAUUCGUCAAAAGGAAGAGAGAAGGGAAUGCACAAAGAAAAAGAAGAGAAAGCCACAGAAACAGCCGCCACAGCAACAGAAGUACCACCAUCCCCCUCAGACCAACCCUCAUCCCCCCAACCCUCCACCCAAACUCCAGCAUCCAGAGCCCACCCACCGCCGGAAACCCAACACCAUCCGCCGCUUCGAUGGAGAUGUACUUUCUCCGAGUUACAUCCAGAACUUCCGUGACAGACGUACGGACAGGAGGGGCUACUCUCAUGGCAGGUUGAUUGGCGGCUCACAUGUUGUAGAUUUGGACUAUGACUAUGGCUCCCAAGUGCCCCUAACAGCCCAUACAGGCCCCGCAGUGAGAGGUUGAUCUUCUACUGGAACAGAAAUUGCACUGAACGAACCAUUCCGAGAACUUUGCGGCCGUAUCAAAUCAAGAGCAUGUGGUUACAAUGGCUGAUGGGGAUUUUCAUUCUCAAAUCGAUUUGCUGUAUUCCCAUUAUUUUUUAUUUUUUUUAAAAUAAAAUGCCAGAAAACUUGCAGCAAAUGGAUCGUUUACCUACAAAACAAUGUGUAACCACAGUAGGGCUCUGUUCUCUUGCAAUUAACUCCAUUUUAUAUUGCUGAAGAUGGUUGUGGUAUGUGUGUCUGCUCCUCCGAGGCUCUUCUUCCCAUAAUUAGGCUGCUGUUUCAGUUCGUCCGAGAAGAAUGGUCUCAUUACCACUGCAGCCAUUUCAAAAGAGAUCCAUUACGGGACCAAAUACGGCCUUGGCUUUUAAGAGACUAAACUGUCAUAAAACAUGCACGGGUUCUACCAGACAGACUAUAUGAAUAUCCAGUUUACAGAUUUAAACUUCAGUCCUCCUGUUCGUUUCUGACUUUUUAAAGAUGUUUCAGAUAACAUUAUGUUUACAGUACGGGCAGGGAAGUGUGUAUCGUUUUAUAACCGUUUCAAAUGGCUUUAUCUGCUCUGUGUCAGGGCCUACGCAAAUUCUGUCAAACUGUGUAUGGUGAACACAAUCUCUGUUCAAUCUGAGCCGAUUACUGAGCAUAUACUGAAAUGUUCUGUGCAUUUAUUGUUAGCCAAUGCAUGUGGGGAAAGUUCCAUCAUUACUCCUGAUAUACAUGCAUUAUUCAACAUGUUUUUAGUUGUUAUAUCCAUUUAAGGUUAAAGUAUCUAGAGACUGUUUGAUUUGCUUCCAGUUAAAUCUCAGGGGCGGUGGAUUUGAGAGAUGCCCUAACGAUGUAACUGUGAACACUAAGGGGUUUUGUGUGGAUGAUUUAAAAGUGUCCUUGUCUACUAUGAGAGAGUUUUGAAAGGGAUUAAAGAAAGAUGCCCUAGAAGGGUGGAAGAGAUUUACAAUGGUGGACUUCUCAGAAAAAGAUUGUGUAUUUCUGAGUGUGUAUAAAGCAUGAAAAGGAGAGUGUGUCUAUAUAUGGUGUGUAUAUGCAGAGGGUGGUGUAUGUGUGUGAAAACAUUUGUCAUACUGUGAGUCUGCAGCAGGGUUAAAGGGUUAGUUCACCCAAAAAUGAAAAUUCUGUCAUUAAUUGCACACCCUCAUGUCGUUUCAAGCCUGUAAGACCUUCGUUCAUCUUCGGAAUACAAAUUAAGAUCUUUUUGAUGUAAUCUGAGAGCUCUCUGACCCCUCCAUUUUAAUUACUACAUUCAAGGCCCAGAAAAGUAUUAAAGACAUCGUUAUAAUAGUCCUACGGUGGUUCAACCUAAAUGUUAUGAAGCGGAGAGAAUACUUUUUGUGCACAAAAACAAAACAGUAACGACUUACAACAAUUACGUAUAUUCUCUUACGCUGUUUACAUUGUAGACACAGUGCAGCGCUUUCAGGUUCUAUGUCAGAAAGCCGACGCAGGAGCCGGCCAAUAAUGAGUCAAGUUCUGACGUAGAACACGGAAGCCUGCACUGUUGUCAAAAGUACCGACUUCGGUACCAAUCGGUACUGAAAUUUUAAAAAUGUGACGCUUUGAGCACUGUUAGCGGAUUCGUAAACACCUCUGAUUGGCCAUUGUUUUGACGCUCUCAUCUAAUAUGUCUGUGAUUGGCUACAAUGAUCAGCGCACGGGAGCUUUUGAAAGCACACAGAAGUGUUUGAAUUUGGGAGCGGGAGCAUUUGAAGCAUCACGGACCAGUCCGCUGACAGACGCCUGCUUUCAAACGCUCCUGUGUGUAUCUGUGUAAGCGCUCAGUGAAGAGCUUCAUUGAUGACUAUUUACAACAUGUUUUUGAAGCGUUGAUUAUUGAAGCCAAUCACAGACAUAUCUGCUGAGCGCAUGAACACAAUGACCAAUCAGAGGUGUUUACGAAUCCGCUCAACAGCGCUCAAAGGGUCACAUUUUUAAAAUUUCAGUACCAACUUGGUACCGAAGUCGGUACUUUUGACAACUCUACUAUACAAUGUGAACAGUGUAGGAGACUGACAGGGGAGAGACGAAAUUGUUAAAUGAAGUCGUAAUUUGUGUUUUGUUUUUGCGCACAAAAAGUAUACUUGUCACUUCAUAUAAUUAAGUUUGAACCACUGUAGUCAAAGCUUAGAAGCUUUACGAAUCUUUUGUUUCGAAUCAGUGGUUCGGAGCGCGUAUCAAACUGCCAAAAUCACAUGAACUAUUGAAGUUUCAAAACACUUAUGAUCUAACAAAGUCUCGUUUGCUGAAAUCACGUGACUUUGGCGCUCCGAACCACUGAUUUGAAACAAAAGAUUCGUAAAGCUUUGAAGCUUCAUGAAACAGUGUUUUGAAAUCGCCCAUCACUACAUAUUGUUGAAUAAAGUCAUUAUUUUGUUUUUUUGGUGCACAAAAAGUAUUCUCGUCACUUUAUAAUAUUAAGGUUGGACCACUGUAGCCACAUUAACUGUUUUAAAUAUGUUUUUAGUAGCUUUCUGGGCAUUGAAAAAGGGAGUGUUCUUGCUAGCGAUGCAGGCCUCACUGAACCAUCGGAUUUUAUCAAAAAAAUCUUAAUUUGGGUUCUGGAGAUGAACAAACAUCUUACGGGUGUGGAACAACAUGAGAGUGAGUAAUUAAUGACAGAAUAUUCAUUUGUGGGUGAACUAACCCUUUAAGUCUUAAUUUCUGAUUUACCUUCAUAUUUGGAUGCAGGGUGAUUUCACACCCAGUUUCUCCUCCAUGUUUAUCAGGGCUGUGGGAGCAAUGAAGAGUCAAAGUCUAAUCUUUUCCUCACUCUGAAGUAGUGAAAGGGCUCAAAGGCUUAAAUUCCUCUCUGUUUACCGUCUCUUUUAAAGUGACAGCAUGGCUCUCUUGUAAAUUUUGUACAUUGUCUGAAUGUAUAUAUGCUUACAUGCGAUUCUGUAUUAUUGCUAGUGCUUUGAUUAAUUUUUUUUUUUCUAAUUUUCAGUGGUUACAUCUGUGUGCUGAACAAUUGUCUUUUUGAAUUGUCUCAUUGAUAGUCAUUUGUAAUAAUUUAUUUCUAAUUUAUUAGAUGACGACUUCAAGUGGAGCUCUGUGUGUAAUUAAAUUGAUGUUGACCAUUAUUAUUAUUGUUAUUAUUCCUAAGCAUGUAUGUGUACAGUACUGAUAACCAUAAAUGUUGUGCUCCUGAAGUCAA